AGUAGUCAGCAGCGCGUGACUUGCACUCUGCUCUUGCUUAUCAUUUCCCCAUUCCUCCAACUCCUGUACUCAUUCGAUCGAUCGAACAUUUACAUCACCGUUGGAGAGAGCGGGUACCUCCAGCACCCCCUUCACCGUCCAUCGAAUACUCCUCUGUAUACAUAUCUUCUCCCUUCCUUUCUCUUUAUCUUGUGAUAUAGUCUUUUAUUCUCUAACAAUCACGGUCCUCCGCCACCCCCUGUAUCGACGGUCAUUUCCAUUGUGACGAUUUCUUCGCAAUCAGAAUGAAGCUCCGAGUAGCUCUUGCGCUGAGCGCAACGGCAUCCGCAGGCGUUUUGGCCGCCGUAAUCCCACAGCAGGCACUGCUGAAUAACCCACAAAUCCAUCACGAAAAUGAAAAGUAUCUUAUAGAGCUGGCACCCUAUCAAACAAGAUGGGUGACGGAAGAAGAAAAAUGGGCUUUGAAAUUGGAUGGUGUGAAUUUCAUUGACAUCACCGAGGAACGAAACCCCGGGUUUUACCCCACAUUGCACCAAGCUAGUAACGUCCGAUAUCCCUCGAAGAUGGAACAUGUCGAUGAGGUUGUCGCCUUGACCCACGGCCUCACUAAGGCCAACAUGGAGCGGGAUCUGGAGAAGUUCACCUCCUUCCACACGCGCUACUACAAGUCCCAGACCGGAAUCGAAUCGGCGACGUGGCUCUACAAUCAAGUCCAGACGGUUAUCGAACAAUCUGGGGCAGCGGAACAUGGCGCGACCGUGGACCAGUUUGCCCAUUCAUGGGGCCAGUUUAGCAUUGUGGCUCGCAUUCCGGGUAAAUCGAACAAGACGGUCGUAUUAGGCGCCCACCAAGAUAGUAUCAAUUUGUUCCUUCCGUCUAUCCUGGCUGCCCCGGGAGCCGAUGACGACGGCAGUGGAACGGUCACGAUCUUGGAGGCGUUGCGUGGUCUGCUGCAGUCAGACACCGUGGCCCAAGGUAAGGCGCCGAAUACAAUCGAGUUCCAUUGGUACUCGGCAGAGGAAGGUGGCAUGCUGGGCUCCCAAGCUAUCUUUUCUCGAUACAAGCAAGAAAGACGCGACAUCAAGGCGAUGCUCCAGCAGGACAUGACCGGUUACAUCCAGGGGGCUUUGAAUGCUGGUCGUAAAGAAGCCGUGGGCAUCAUGAUCGACUAUGUCGAUCGAGGUCUGACCCAAUUCCUCAAAGACGUGGUUACUGCAUAUUGCAAUGUGGGGUAUCUAGAGACGAAAUGUGGCUACGCUUGCUCCGACCAUACAUCAGCAAGUAAAUAUGGCUACCCGUCGGCCAUGGCUACUGAGGCUGAGAUGGAGAACACCAACAAGAGGAUCCACACGACAGAUGACCGGAUCAAAUACUUGAGCUUUGACCAUAUGUUGGAACACGCGAAGUUAACUCUCGGCUUUGCUUAUGAGUUAGCGUUUGCUUCGUUUUAAUAAUGGGCAAUUUCUCUAAUUCUUAAUCUUGGGUCAUGAUUCACGACUUAUCUCUAACAGCCAAUGCGUGCAGUACUUAUCCUUAGAACAUUGAUCUUUAUCUACUA